AUGAGUAAGGAGAUUCAUUCUACAGAGAUCAAGGGCAGAGCAAGUAGAAAGCAUUUCCCUUAAAUAGACAUAGGUGAACUUAAGCCAAAAAUCACAUUUCUUGAUAGUCUAAGUAGCAAUUGUUAAUUCAUGUUGUAGUGCAGAAGAAGUAUCAACUUAACACCAAUGUGAACUAAUAUACUUUAGGAAAAGUCUAUUUGGAAUCUUAAAAAGAGAGAGUCGUUUUUAGAGUCUUUUAGGAUUCAGAUUUAAAUAUAUCUUCAAUCUUCUAGAAUAAACUCAAUAAAACAACUGUCGAUGAUGAUAUGAUGACUACAUAUUCACAAAUUUCUUAUGCAAGAAAACAAAAUAAAAAGGAUUUAAUUAGAAGGAUUUAUGAAAAAGAAAAAUGGCCAAAAAGUAAAAAAGAAUCUGUUGAAGAAAUGGAAUAAUCUUUAUUUGGAUCAGAUGAAGAACCUUAAGUAUAUUGUACAUAGAAAUCAAAUUAAGAUAGAAAAACCCGCUAGUUUAUUUAAUCUCAGUGA